AUGUUCAUUGCCAGAAAUGCCACUGCUGUCUGCGGCGGCGUUCCUGGGUCUACGCGCACUCGGAUUCCGUUUGCCGUAAUUCCUCAACGAUUGCAACAGCAUACCCAACAGAAGCAGGAGCAACAGCAGCUCAAAACGAGGCACAGUUUUGCGCCGCCUGUGGGCUUCGCUAGUGGCGGGUGUUUGCAGCAGUUUCCGUUCGAUUGUUUUCCUCUGCAGCUUCCUGGUCUGACUUCCCUAUGUGGGUCUGUUCGCUGGUUGACAUUCCACCCACAGAGAAGAGUUGUUGGACACCGCCUCGAAAUCAUGGCGGGGAAGCACAGAAAGCGUCGCUUGGUCCCGCCCAAGGUUCCGCUCCACCCUUCUGCUGCAGCGGCGGCAGCAGCAGCAGAAAGGGCAGCCCCUGGGGUCACGACACCGGCUGCGCCCCAGCAAGACAUGACUCUUUUCGAGACAUAUAGAGACUUACAGCUGCGGUGGAAGCGAACGACGCGGCAGUCGCGGAAGAAGUUUUGCAUUGCGCGCAAAUGGCGGCAGCAUUUGGCGUGUCAGCCGCAGCCGGAGCCCUCGUGGCUCCUCUUUCUUCACCCACAGAUGGGUCCACCUGCAGGGCGUGCGGAGGCCCAUGGGGGGCCCCCAAAGCACCGUAGAAUCGGUAGGCGCAGGUCCGCUGCGCCGGAGCUACACGCUUGCGAUAGCAGCGCAAACGAGCUGCAGCAGCACGCGCAGCAGUCAUCUGCCCCACACCGCCAAGAACGACCCACGCAAGAAGAGCAGCAGCAACACUUGCAGGCGAAAGAAGACCUAAACCAACAGCGCCACCCACAGCAAGAGCAGCAACAAGAGCAGCAAGUGCAGCAGCAGGCAGCAGCGGACUAUGUGGGUGCAUUCCAACGGAUUCAAGGCACUCACGGAGAGAGACCUCCGUUCCGCCUUUCCUACGACCCGAAGGAAAUUUUUUGUGUCUUCAAAAGCAGCGUCUCUGCGCAACACAAGGCAAGAUAG